AUGGCGGAGAUACCAAGUAUGGUUCCAGAAGUCCCGGGCAUGGUCCAAGACUCCUCCUCUUCCGAUCUCCCAUCCUUCGCACCCUCACGCCGAGCCAUAGUCCCCAGUCGUCAAUCGCCAUCACAACCAGCCCCAACCAUCUACCUCAGAGGCUUCAACUGCAUCGCUAGCGACCCAGAAUACCAUCUCGCACGAAGUGUGACUGGAAACGUCCAGCCAUACUGGUUCGAAGAAACGCGGAAUCCUGCAGUCCACUAUGGCCCCUCUCGAAGACAGAGAAGAGAAAACGCGACGCGACGAGCUGAUCAGGUCGAAGACACUUAUCUCGUCAUUCCCAACACCGAGGAAGCUAAGCAGUCGGACAACAUCAAUAUGAACCGAGAAGAAGCGAAAGAAGCGUUUCUGGAGGCUAUGUGGCCAACCAUCCGCGACGAAUACCUCGCCAUGUUCAAUCUAACAAGCCUCGCGCCAAAUCAGGAGAAACGGAUGAAGACAGAUACGAUGGUGUUUCUGGAGGAGGAGUGGAAUAUCCUGGAGGAAGAGCGCAAGGCUGAGACUGAGAAGCAAGAGAAGGAGGAGCAGGGGAAGCCGAUCGUUCGCUUGCCUGUUCGCAAUGUUUCGGAUGGGAAAGGCGCGUCGGAGAAGAAGUUCAAGAUGAAGGGGAAGGGAAUGGCGAAGGUGAAGGACGGAAGUGGGGUGGAGGCGAAAGGGGAGAAGAAGGGGAGUAUCUCGCAGAGGCUUAGGAAGGUUUUGGGGAUGACUGCGAGGCCGACAGUGGUGAAGGAUGGGGCUGUUGCGCCGCCGUUUCAUCCGGUAUUGUGA